AUGUCUUAUACUGAAACAGAGCAGCUUGAACUAGCACAGCAGCUUGUGCUGGAAUGUGACCUUUUGGACCAGAGAUUUGCUGCUUUGAAGAAGUCGUUGAUCAAGCCAGAGAACAAACAGAAGGUGAUUGAAUCGUAUGACCGUCUGGUCAAGAUUCUGCGUAAGGAAGUCGAUCACAUCGACAAGCAUGGAGCUGCUCUGGUUCCAGAAAUUGACUUUGACGACGUCCGAAAGAAUGGUGGCAAUCUCCCCGAAGACUUCACCAAGUUGGUGCAUGAGCGAGGCUGUCUGAUCCUUCGAAACGUCGUCAGUGAAGAGCAGGCGGUCAGUUGGGAGACAUCUCUGAAGGACUACACCCAACGUCAUCCAGGCGUAGGAGGCCAUCCUCACCAUAAACCAGCAGCUUGGAACGUGUUCUGGACCAAGGCACAGAUGGAAAUGCGAACCCAUCCAAGAGUCCUGGAAGCCAUGAGAUGUGUGUCCAGAUUAUGGCACGUUUCUGAUCCCACAAUCCCUAUUGAUCUCGACAGCCAGGUCAUCUACCCUGAUCGAAUUCGCAUCCGCUACCCAAGCAAUGAUCCCGGCCAGUUUCCUUUGGACCCUCAUAUGGACAGUGGAGCAAUCGAGAGAUGGGAAGAUGAAGAGAACCGGAAGAACUACCAGGCCAUUUUUGAAGGCAACUGGCAAGACUGGGAUGCAUGGUCUGCGGAUCAUCGUAUCAAAGCGCAGAGUGACCUUUAUCACACUGGGACAGCUUGCUCAGUAUGGAGAAGCCUCCAAGGAUGGCUGUCCCUCUCAAACACGCAGACUGGUGAAGGAACACUCCGAGUACUGCCCAGUUUGAAGCUGUCUAUGGCAUAUAUCAUGCUGCGACCUCUGUUCCAUAGUGGAGAGUACAACGAUUCUCUACCUACGUUCCCGGGUGCCACUCCAGGUCAGACCCAGUUCUUCCCAACUGUUGAGGGUCACCCAGAUCUUGAUAUCAAGCGAGCCAUCGUCGGUAUUUCUCCAGUUCGACCUGGCGAUUAUGUAUUCUGGCAUUGCGACUUGGUCCACGGCGUGGAUCCUACAAACCCUGGACUCGUCGAUUCAAGCGUGUCAUACAACGCGUGCAAUCCGCUGACACCUUACAAUAUUGAGUCUCUCCUGACAACGCGGGACGCCUUUCAGAGGGGAGAUGUUCCGAUUGACUUUACGCGAUCACAUGGCACGUGGGAGAGGGAAUAUGACCAUGAAGACUGCGGAGCCAAGGUUGAGAACAUCCUUACCAAGGCGGGUCUUCAGGCAAUGGGUCUUGAGAGACUUGACACGGAAGAAGAGGGUCUGACACAGGGUCAGAAAGAUGUGCGCGAAAUGGCGAACAGGAAAUUGGGACUUUGA